AUGAUCCCAGACACACGCGUCAAAAGCCUGGUGGAGAAAAUCACCGAGAACACGCGGGAAGAGCCGGAUUCGCAAGGACCAGGAGCUCCACUGGAGAUGGGGCGCCCGGUGCAGCUGGUGCGUCUGGACGAGGAAGAGAACCUAAUCCUGAACGAGGAGGCCCUGAGCUGCUGCCUGGAGCAGGGUGGGGUGGGGGACGCCCCCGUCUGCCUGGUGUCCGUCAUCGGGGAGCAGCGCUGGGGCAAAUCCUUCCUGCUGAACUACCUGCUGCGCCGGCUCCAGCACCCACAGGAGGCAAGGGACGGGGCAUGGAUGGGCCGGGAGGACGAGCCCCUGGAGGGGUUCGAGUGGCGAGUCAGCACCCAAAGAGUCACCAAGGGGGUGUGGGCCUGGAGUCAGCCCUUCUGGGUCCCCACCGAGGGCGGGAAGGUGGCCGUGCUGCUGGUCGACACCGAGGGCUCCAUGGACAUUGAACAGAACAAGGAGACGAGCAUCAAACUCUCUGCCAUGUCCAUGCUGCUCAGCUCCCACCAGAUACUGAACAUUGGCCGUCGGGUGAAGGACCCGGAUCUCGAAUACCUGGAGAUGUUUCUGCACGUGGCUGAAGUGGUGGGAGAGGCCUAUGGACUGGAGCCCGUUCAGCACCUAGACCUGCUGGUGCGGGACUGGAGCAGCUCCGAGCUCCUUGGAGCCCAGGGUGGGGAUCAGCAUCUGAGAGACGUCAGACACAUGCUGGAGGCAACGUCCCCUUGCAAACACCCCAGGGCCCUGGAAGUGCUGAGCAGCAGCAGCACCAGCAGUUACCUGAUGCCCUUCCCCGGCAAGCGGAUCUCAACUGGCAGCAAGGGAACCCUGAGAGACAUGGAUGAGGAUUUCCGGGACAGCCUGAGGGACUAUGUCACCACCCUGGUGGGCUCGGCCGCUCAACACAUCCGGAGGGACCAGCACGGAGAGCUGCUCACCGGGACACAGCUCGCUGCCAAGAUAAAGAAUUUAUCUGAUGUGAUGAAGAAACAUCGCUUUGGCUUCUCCUCCCCCUGUCAGAUGGCCAUCACCUUCCACAACCAGGGAGUCAUGGACAGAGCCCGCCGCGACCACAAUGACUUUCUGAAGAAGUCGGUGAGUGAUGGCCGGUGUGGCCCCAGCCAGGGGAACCCCAGAAAAACAGCCUGGUCACCUCUAUGGGAUUCAGGGUUUGGGGUAGCAGAUGGGAGUUAAUAUGUCUGGUUCCCAGGGUGGCUGCAGAGAUAGGAGACUCCAAGCCCAGCACAACAGGGGAGAGGCCUAACUCAGCAAUGGAGCGGUGC